UGGUGCUGAGGCUGGUCCCAGCAAACAGGGCGGAUGCUGCCGUUCCCUCGAGUAUUUACUUAUCUUUAUGCAUGUUAAAUGCUACUCUACAUGGACGAUUGUGCUCCGGUGUACCCUCGGUGAACGAGACGCCAGGGGGUUCGCGGGGUGAGUGAAGCUGCUCGGCUAGACGGUGCAGCGGCAGAAGCUCACAUCAGCAGCCGAGCAGGCAGGGCCUCGUUCGUGGUGGGUUCACUGGAGCCGGUAGAAGGAAAAACAAAGUGAGGGGGCUUUGGAGGACAAAAAAACGGGGUGCAAAGCAUGACCGACACAGAGGAGGCUGCUCUUGGUGACCCAGAGCCGGCUGAAGACGUCACCGAGGCGGGCUUCAUGACACAGCAGGAGGAGGCCCUGUUUCGAGAAGAUAUGGAGAGACUUUUGGAGGAAAACCACAUCCUUAAGUGUGAGAUAGAGGAGAUGAGGGCCGAGAUGGACGAGAUGCGGGACACAUUCUACGAGGAGGACACCUGCCAGCUGCAGGAAAUGAGGCGCGAGCUGGAGAGAGCCAACAAAAACUGCCGGAUCCUGCAGUAUCGCCUGCGCAAGGCAGAGAGGAAGAGGCUGCGCUACGCCCAGACGGGAGAGAUCGAUGAGGAGCUGCUCAGGAGUCUGGAACAGGACCUGAAGGUUGCCAAAGACGUGUCGGUGAGGCUCCAUCACGAGCUGGAAAAGGUGGAGGAGAACCGCACCAAAACUGAGGACGAGAAUGAGAAACUGAGGCAGAACCUCAUCGAGGUGGAGGUGACCAAACAAGCUCUGCAGAAUGAGCUGGACAAAUCCAAAGAGAAGAGACGAAGUGGCAAGGAUGUCCAGAAGACAGAUAAGAAAGCAGCACAGACUCCCACUGAGGAGGACAAUGAGGACCUUAAGUGCCAGAUGGCCUUGAUCAAAGAAGAGGCCAUACUUAUGAGGAGAAAGACGGCCACCAUCGACAAAGAGAAGGACCGCCUGGAGCAGGAGCUGCAAAAGUACCGCUCUUUUUAUGGCGAACUGGACAGCACCCAUCCCAAAGGCGAGGCCGGGGGUCCUCCCUCAACACGCGAAUCAGAGCUGAAGUUGCGACUCCGCCUGGUGGAGGAGGAGGCCAACAUCUUGGGGAGGAAAAUUGUAGAACUUGAGGUGGAGAACCGAGGCCUGAGAUCUGAGCUCGAUGACCUCCGCGGGGAGGGUGAAGGGGAAGGAAGCUCCGGAGGCGGCGCAUUGGGAGGCUACGGCACGGGGCGAGGGCUCGGGGACGACCUGACGGAGCUCAGGCAACAGCUACAGCUGGUAGAGGACGAGGCGGAGCUCUUGAGGAGGAACCUUGCAGACGCAGAGGAGCAGAACCAAAGGGUGACAGCCGACCUGAACAAGCUGCGGUUCAAAGCCGGCACCCAUGAGGGCGGGGCCAGGCACGGAGGAGGAGGACUCUCGGGAGGAACUGGGAUCGAAGGAGUGAAGGCAGAGGCCUUGCAGGAGGAGCUAAAGGCGGCCAGGCUUCAGAUAAACGACCUAAGUGGCAAGGUAAUGCAGCUGCAGUACGAGAACCGCGUGCUCCUCUCCAACAUGCAACGCUACGACUUGGCUUCCCACCUUUCCCUGCGGCCCAGCCCAAGGGACAGCGAUGCCGAGAGCGAUGCCGGCGGGACAAGCGUUCGGCGCGAGAGUGACGAAGACUCCACGUCGUCCCGCCUGCUUCCUCCUCCCCGCAAACGCGAGGGCCCCGUCGGCGGAGAGAGCGACUCAGACGAGGUCAGGAACAUUAAUGGCAGCAGCCGUUGCUUGACCCCGACCAGGGGCCUCCUCACGCCCUCUGGACCAGAGGGCGCCGCCUCCUCCCCUUUAUCCUGCUUCCUUCCUGGUGGGCGGGGCAGCCUGCACGACAGGCAGCAAAUGAUUGACAUCCGAGUGGAAGCGGAGAGGCUUGUUCGGACCAUCGACCGCCUCAUCGCUGACACGGCGGCCAUCAUCUCAGAGGCAAGGGUCUACGUCUCCAACAGCGACCUCGUGCUAGCAGGGGAAGGCAGCGCAGAGAAUGAUGGCAGCCGUAUUAGGGAGCAUGAGCUGCUGUAUCGCAUCAACGCCCAGAUGAAAGCCUUCCGGAAAGAACUGCAGGCCUUCAUAGACAGACUGGAGGUUCCCAGGCUGGAGGGAAGGGAGAGCGAGGAGUCGCUGUCGAUGUUCCAACCUAUCAUUCUGCUCAUCCUCAUACUUGUGUUGUUCUCCUCCCUAUCGUACGCCACCAUUUUUAAACUAGUCUUUCUUUUUACCCUCUUCUUUGUUCUGUGAUUGGAUGCCCCAUCUCUUUUUCCUCUUCUUCAUGUAAAAUAAUCCCUUCUUUGUUCUUUUCUGUUGAUUUUACUGUUUUUUGUUUUUUUACCUCACCCCCUCACUGCAUUUUUUGUUGCCAAGGCUACCAAAAGCACAGGGGCAGCCCAAGCUGGCGUCCUCGGUAUCCUUUACACAUUCCAGCCUGGAAUCAGUCCCAACACAAGUGUUUCCUAACGCCAUCUAUUCAUCCAUCCAUCGCCGUCACUUGCCAACGAGAAAGUGAAACAAAGAGGACAGAC